UCGUCUCUCUCUCUCUCUCUCUCUCUCUCUCUCUCUUCAAUGGCCGCAGCGGCUCUGUUACUCUCCACGCUCCCGCCCACGAAACGCGACCAACUCCUCCAAACCCAACUCAAACCCUCGCUCCCCACCGUCCGUCCACCCCGGAGCCGCUUUAAGAUUCGGGCCGUGCAGGAAACGAAAGAGGAGUUGAAGAGCUCCUCCUCGUCGCCCGAGGAGAUCACCGAGAAGUACGGGCUCGAAUUUGGGCUGUGGAAGAUAUUUAGUUCUAAGGAGAGAGGAGGAGGAGGAGGAGAUGGAGAAGGGAAAGAGAAGUCCAAAGGGGAUCAAGCAAAGGAACUUUUAGCUAAGUAUGGGGGAGCUUAUUUGGCUACUUCAAUAACCCUCUCUCUUAUCUCUUUCGCCCUCUGCUACAUUUUGAUUAGUGCUGGGAUUGAUGUGCAAGCCCUGCUAAAUAAGGUCGGAAUUGUGACGGACGAGACCGGAGGGAAGGUGGGGACGUUUGCGUUGGCCUACGCUGCGCACAAGGCGGCGUCGCCGAUCAGGUUCCCUCCGACAGUGGCGCUCACUCCGAUCGUCGCGAGUUGGAUCGGAAAGAAGAGAGCCAAAUCAGAGGAGAAGUGAUCACUGAUUACUUCUCUCUCUCGAUGUGCACUUGAAACGCCACCCAUUUUGAUCUCCUUGCUCGCCUUCUUUUCCUUGUGUGUUUAUAUGUGAAGUAGAGAUUUUAUGAGUAGACAUGUAGAUUCAUGUUAUGUUUUGUGUUGUGUAUAUUAACAAGAUGAAUAGAUAUUACUUUUACUAACAUACUGAACUCUGAAGAUUCAUUUUCCGACAAAAA